CUCAUUCAAGAAACACCACCCAAAUUAGCCCCAAGGUUUUAACUCUAAAACAUUACCCUUUAAACAAAAAAAAAUAAAAAAUGGCAGAUGAAGCAGAGAAGGCCGACCGGGAGCGCAUCUUCAAGCACUGGGACGCCAACGGAGACGGGAAGAUCUCUGUAGCAGAGCUUGGAGACGCCCUGAUUGUCACUGGCUCCAUCGCACCCGAUGAAAGUAAAAGCAUGAUGGCUGAGAUUGACACAGAUGGGGAUGGCUACAUUUCCUACCAAGAAUACACAGACUUUGCCUGUGCCAACCGUGACCUAAUGAGGGAUCUUGCCAAGAUUUUUUAAAACUCUAUUAUUUCCUUUACAGUAUUUUUUUUUUCCCCAUUGUCAUAAAUUAUAUAUGACUCUGUUUUGUCUUCAUGAUUAUGAGAAACUGUGUUUUAUUAUAAUGAUAGAACUGAUGUUGUUGGUAGUUAAACUGUUAACCUCUGUCUUUUAAUGUUGUUUAAGUUGAUAAACUACAUACACCCAA